GAAUAAAACUAGACUAGAACUAGAAGGGAAUUUAGUAAUAACUAUGAGAAGUUUAAGGACUGCUUUGUAAAAUAAAAAAAACAUUGAGGAGUAAACUGCUAACUAUAAAAUGACGCAAGCUACUCGCUAGUCGUGGUGUCGGCUUAGUUAGACUUAUUUAUAUCCUGGAAACUUCCCGGAGAAGGAGAAGAACUUUCAAGUUUCAAUGGUGAUUCCGGCGACUUCUAGGUUUGGGUUUCGAGCUGGAUUCGACACCAAGGAGUUUCAAGCUUUCUGCAUCUCUCUCGCUAAUGAAAUCGAUGCGGCUAUUGGGAAAAAUGAAGUUCCAGUGAAUAUUCAAGAGCUGGCUUUAAUCCUCAAUCAUGUGUGCCGACGUAAAUGUGAUGAUUAUCAAACGAGCGCGGUGGUAAUGGCGCUGAUGAUCUCAGCCAAGAGUGCUUGUCAGCUUGGAUGGUUCCCGCAGAGAGAGACUCACCAACUGUUGGCUAUCAUAGACUUGAUGUGGAAUAGUUUCAGCUGUCCUGAAACUGUCACCCCUAGUCUAAAUAGCCCCGUCAGUCUAAUAUCGCAGGUCAUAGAGAGGUUCUAUCCAUGUGUGAAGCUGGGGCAUAUUCUUGUUUCUUUUGAGGCUAAGCCAGAAUCAAAGAUGUUGGUGAAGGACUUCCAUAUUUCAAAGGCGAUGCCACAUUCUCACAAACAGAGGGUAGGAUUAUUUGUGGUCUGGACAGAGGACAUAAGCAGAUCUAAUUGUAUUGUACAUCCACAAGAAGUCAGCUUUUUGUUAAAUGGAAAUGGCGUUGACAAGAGAGUUAACAUCUCAAUGGAGUCUGGGCCGCAGCUUCCAACUAAUGUUACUGCCCUGCUCAACCCUGGGGCAAAUCUUCUACAAGCAAUAGGCUGUUUUCGAGGUAGUUACUUAAUUGCUAUUGCUUUCAUGGAUGUCAUACCGCUGCCCGACAAACCGUUGCUGAAAGAUUAUGUUCAUCCUGAAGUCAUUGAAUCAAACUCAGAUUGUGACAUAAUUGAGGGGCCAUCAAGGAUAUCUCUCAGUUGUCCUAUCAGCCGAACGCGUAUCAAACUUCCUGUGAAGGGUCAUGUCUGUAAACAUCUUCAGUGUUUUGAUUUCUGGAAUUAUGUCAACAUGAAUACAAGACGACCAUCAUGGCGCUGCCCGCAUUGCAAUCAAUCUGUUUGCUAUACUGACAUCCGUGUAGAUCAAAAACUGAGAAAGAUUCUAGAAGAAGUGGGACGUAAUGCUGCAGAUGUGGUUAUCUCUGCUGAUGGAACAUGGACGGUUGAAACGGAAAACGAUGAUGACGUGGAACUUGUGCCGGAAACCACUCAUGACCAUGGAGAUCCAAAUAGUUUCAUAAACUUGGGGCCUACUGUUUCGAAUCUUGCCAGAGAUGAGAAUGAAAUGGAAACAUCCGGUGGCACCCAAGUCGAUGAACAGAAUCCUUGUUUAUCUGAGAUUCAGGGUCCGUCAAAUAACACACAUAGGCCUGCUACAGAUUACACUAUGCUUAACCAGUCUCCUGCUUCAAUCAACACACUGCCACAAACUCUGAAUGCCUUUGAUGGUCAACAAUUCGUGAAUUUACCACAAGUAGUAAACACCCGAGAUUCAGCAGCAAGACAAGCCUCACCUGUGACAUUCUUACCAACCUCAUCUCCACAAGAUAUAUUAGCUACUAAUGCGGCAAACUUUGGCACAUCAAUGCCGGCUGCUCAGUCUUCUCAGUUUCAAGGCUCACAUGUUACGUCCCUUGGAAAUUGUCAAGGAAGAACUUCUGAUUUGAUGGAGAGAUGGAACCACAUCCAUGGACGUGGCAGAAAUCAAACUCAAUUGCCACCACCUGCACCUCUGUCGCAGCAUCAUUAUGCGAUGCAGAAUCAGAGCCCGUCCCCUGCACAGCAAAGACCAGUGCCAUCUUAUAUUGUACAUCCUCAAACUUUACCUGUCAACUACGGAGGGAACACCCAUCAAAGACCGAUGCCAUCUUCCAUUGCACAUCCUCGAACUUUAUCUGUCAACUAUGGAGGGAACGCCCAUCAAAGACCGAUGAACGCUGACCAAAGACCGACGCCAUCUUCAAUUACACAUCUCCAAACAUUACUUAACUACAGAGGGAGCGCCCAUCAAAGACCGAUGCCAUCUUCCAUUACAAAUCUCCAAACUUUACCUGUCAGUUACGGAGGGUACGCCCACCAAAGACCGAUGUCAUCUUCCAUUACACAAUCCGGAACUUCACCUGUCAACUACGGAGGGACCGCUGACCAGAGACCAAUGCCAUCUUCCAUUACACAUCCCCAAACUUUACCUGUCAGCUACGGAGGGAUCGCUGACCAAAGACACAUGCCAAGACCGAUGCCAUCUUCCAUUACAUAUCUCCAAAGUUCACCAGUUAACUAUGGAGGGUCCACAGACCAAAUACUGAAUCCUGGUGGUGCAAUGGGACAGUUCUCAUCACGAGACUUCAUAAAUUUGACUCCUGCUAACACUGAGAAUUGGCACCCACAAAGCCGGAUGCGUGGCAGCCUAGCACCUGGUACGAAUUAUGACCAUAUGAUCAUUCGACCUACCCGUCCGGUUCUACCACUAGCUCAAACACUUCCUGCGCCUCUUCCUACAGCUUAUAAUGGAGCAGAUGAAAUUCAAGCAUUUUUGGUGGACCCAAGCUAUCCCGUUAGUAAUAACGAAACGCAAGUGGGGACUAGUUCAAUGCCCGUGGCAGAGGGUCUUGGGUAUUCAGGGUCGUUUUGGUCAAUGCCUCCUGAGACAUGGUGAUAUAUGAUGGUUUAGAGAUUGUAGCACACGGUCACUAACAAAAUCAGUCAGUAGUAAGAGUAUAUAACUAAGGCCUUUCUUUUUUGGCACUAACAGCUUUAGGCUUCCGGUACAUAUAUGGGACAAGUUCUUGAUGUAGCGUAUUCCUGAGAUUUACUUCAUGUGAAACAUUAUAGGGUACCUAUUUACUAUAACAAUUUCGCUUUCUUCUGCA